GCAAAGCCCUCAACUACUGAGCACUUCCAUUAUCAACGCCACACCGCUCACUCUAAUUGACCAGCAGCCUUCUGGCCUGAAUGGUAAGACUUCGAGUUCUGGUGUUGCCACCCAACCACCUACCGUCUCCAGAUCUGUUCCACAAGAAGCGGUUGGCACUGGACCUCUGAAAAGAGGGUUCUGCAGACGAGGGGGUAAUCGUUUAGUGCACCCCAGAUUGAGUUUGUGGGGUAAACCAAUGAACAGUAGACAGAGGCACAGAGAUCCCCGCUACAGGAAACUACGGUUUCAAGUGAACAACUUCUUGGAGAGACCUCGAGGAAAAAAAGCCAUUUUAUAUCACAUGAUUGUUUUUUUGAUGGUCUUCUUGUGUUUGGUGCUAAGUGUCUUUUCUACGAUAUCAGAAUAUGAAGAAGUCAGUAGUGCACUUUUAUUAAAAAUGGAGAUCGUAAUGGUAGUUUGGUUCACCGUAGAAUUCUUCCUAAGACUUUGGUCUGCAGGUUGCAGAUCCAGGUAUCAAGGAUGGAUUGGGAGAUUUAGAUACUUGCGAAGUCCAUUUUGUGUUAUAGAUAUAAUCGUGAUUGUGGCGUCCAUCGUGGUAUUGUCUGUGGGGAGCAGUGGGCAGGUUUUCGCUACGUCCGCCCUAAGGGGUCUCCGAUUCUUCCAGAUCCUUCGAAUGGUUCGAAUGGAUCGCAGGGGUGGAACAUGGAAGUUGCUGGGAUCAGUGGUUUACGCACAUAGACAGGAGCUGUUUACGACCCUUUACAUUGGUUUCUUGGGCCUCAUUUUCUCGUCUUUCCUGGUAUUCCUGGCCGAAAAAGAAGCCAAUCCGAAAAACUUCAGCAAUUUCGCCGACGCACUCUGGUGGGGUGUGAUCACCUUGUGCACUGUGGGCUACGGUGACACUGUCCCGAUCACGUGGCCUGGAAAACUGAUUGCAGCCUUUUGCGCACUUCUUGGGAUCUCCUUCUUCGCCUUACCAGCGGGCAUUUUGGGCUCUGGAUUCGCGUUGAAGGUCCAGCAACAGCAGCGCCAGAAGCAUAUGAUCAGGAGGAGAGUCCCGGCAGCCACACUCAUCCAGUGCCUUUGGAGAUGCUACGCCGCUGACCCCAAUUCCAUGUCCGUUGCCACUUGGAAGAUCCAUCAAGUGGCUCUGCCAUCGCCGCCAUCCUUUAAGCAUAAUACAUCAUUUGUGAGUCGGUUUUCCACUAUACGACGUCAUCGACCGCCGUUUACUCAUUCACCAAUGACAAGAAGCCGUUGUAGUGACGUCAACACAUCUUCGGAUAACUUAAGUGGCCGGAUGCGUCCGAGCGUUUCCGAAGAUUCGGUGUCCAAAGAUUUUUCUGAAACUUCUAAGCGGAAUUCGGAUGAGGAAGAAACAGAAGAGCCACGUUUGACAACGUUGACCAGUCAACACAAAAAUGCCAUCAGAGCUUUAAGAAAGAUCAAAUACUUCGUUGCAAGAAGAAAAUUCAAAGAAGCUCUUAAACCAUAUGACGUGAAAGAUGUGAUAGAACAGUAUUCUCAAGGCCAUGUGGACUUACUUGGCAGAGUAAAAAGCUUACAGUCCAGAUUGGAUCAAAUAUUAGGAAAAGCUGGAUCAAAAGCUAAGGAUGUUUAUGAAUCAAAAGUAAGCUUAGCUUGCCGCAUUGUCAAAGUUGAACGAACUGUGGAAGAAAUAGACAGCAAACUGGAGCAACUGAUAGAAAUGUACCUCUCUGACAGAGUCAACUUCCCUCCCAAUUCCAUAGGCACCCCUCAGUCUCUACCAUCCCCCAUCUGCUGCACACCGCCCUCUUCCGCUAUUCCAAUUCUAUCGGCAGUUCCCAAACCGAAGCGUUCCAUACUUCAUAAAGAGCAUUCCUCGUCCGAAGGUACAUCCCCAUCAGUUCCAAGAAGCAUACAUAGAGUCCACUCUGAUGUUAGCCAAAGGGUGAAGAAAAAAGUGACUUUAAGGCAUUCACUGGAUGGUGAACCCGGAUGUAGAUCCUAUCCUCUUGAGGAGAGUAGCCUCGAAGGUAGUUUGUCAUCCUUUCGCGAAGCUUCUCAGUCCACUGGCCACAUCUCCUUCCGAGAAGACAGCCAACCGACGUCGCCAACUAGUGGAACUGCCACAUACUCACCCAACUCGAUGCUAACAACCGUCGAGCAGCAUAUUUCUUGCCAACCUCCGAAAGACACGUUCACGCUGGACGUUCCAGACGACGAAGAGACGUCUGACUUCAAACGCGAGCUUCCCACGGACUCAACUACAAAUAAAAGCAUCACCAAAAAGGAAUCUCAGCAGCUUGAUCAAGGAGAUUCAGCCAACUGCAGCUCAGACCUGAGCUCUCGGGGUGAAAAUGACAGCAAAGAAGACAUUGUGGAAGCCACCGCAGGAGAUCAGUAG